ACCCAUCAGCAUGCUGCCCACUGAUCCUCUGCUCAUCUUCACCGCUCUAACGGGCUGCUUUGCCGGCAUGUCCAUGUAUGUCAGCUCGACGGACCCCAACCCCAAGACGAGCGAAGAAGCCAAGCGGCACGCCAAGCAGGACCGCCUCUUCAGGGAGAAAAGCGCCUUCGACACUCUCAUACGUGUCAACCGAUGGCCUUUCUUCAAGCAGGUUUGCGUCUGCCUCGGCUUUGGCCAGGCCGUGUUCCUCUUCAAGCGAUCAGCCGAAGCUACCAAGUCCAGCCUUUGGCCUGCGCUGCUCUUCAACCUCGUGGCCAUCAGCGGAGCCAUGGGUCGCAUGUGGUGCUACAGGACCCUGCAGCACUUCUUCACAUUCAACCUAUCAAUCCAGAAGGACCACAGGAUCGUCCAGGCGGGGCCCUAUCGCUACCUCGUGCACCCCUCCUACACCUUCUUCUUCCUCAACGCUCUCGGCACAGCGACGGCCGUCCUCGGCAGCUUCAACCCGCUCCUCGUUGAGGCCUUUAGCCGUCUUCCACCAUACGCGACGACGAUCUGGAUUGUGUUCCAGGCCCUCAUGCCCUUGUCGCACAUUCGCAAUCUCUCUCUCAGGAUCUCAGACGAGGAGGCCAUGAUGAAGGAGCGCUUCGGAAGGCAGUGGGAGGAGCACGUCCGCCAGCGCUGGAGGCUCGUCCCGUUGAUUUGGUAGAGGUAGCGUCUGCCGAAAAGUGAUACGGUGGGAGGUUAUUGGUACAUGUGGGAGCCACGGGUCUCAUGUAGUUGUGAAUUAGAGCGAGUUUGUCAAUCGAAUGCGUCCGGUCUCCCGCUCGUCCGAUCGCUUCGCCUUUGUGCGAUCCAGAGCUCCUUGCACUUCCGGCUGUUCUCAAUACCUCUACAGAUCAGC